AUGGCUGAGUACAGACUAGCCCACUGCUCCGACGCUCCCACGCACUCCAAGUGGCUGAGUUGGGCAUGGAAGCGUCCUUCUACCGACCAGCAUUCCCUGCGGAGGCGUUGCUACAUUUCUCCAUCGCCCAAGCGCGAUCACCAGAACACGGUUACUCACAACACCACAUUAUGUGUCUCGUGUGAUCCGGUCGGCCGCGUCUCCGCGUACCCUGCGCCGCUGGCCGCUGACCGAUGGAGCCCCAAGCCUGAGCACCUCCCCAGAACGGGUCGGCACGGGGUCAGCGACUUCACCUGUGGGCUCAACGGUCGAUUGACAAUGCACGCAUCCGUCGUCCACGACUUGCAAUAG